AUGGUGUUGGUGGUUGUCUUUGUCACUGUUGUCCGGGUGGAGAUGUUGUUUAUGUUUACCCUGAUCAUUUUUGUUUAUUUUUUUCUUUCAGAUUCCACAGCGUGUAAAUGCAGAACAGGAAAUCAAAAAUGCUGGACCAAAUGCGCCAGAAUCUACCAAAGCAAAAGACGAGCUGAAAGUCCACGAUCAGAGCAGCCUCUACCAGAUAUACUGAAGCAAUCGUCAGAGAUUGAUGAUAUAAGAUACGAGGAUCUUGUGGACACCAAUCAAAGGAAUUCGGCCGAUUCCCCAAGUCUGGAGGAGCUGUUGGACAGCUUACCGUUUCCUUGGAGGAGAAACAUAUACAGGUUGAUCCAGGAGGCAGAGAUGGCAGAGCUAGAAAACUUCUUAUAGUCACCACGCCAUACUUUCCUCUUUGUAUGGCAAGUUCUAUGAAGAAUCAUCCAAGAAAACGACAUUGGAAAUAAAUCCUGGCAUCCUUACAAAACAAAGGCUGGGAAACAAAACAUACAGACAGACACACAGAGAAUUACAUCGACCGUGAUCGCGUGUAGUACCUUUAUUUUUGUUGAGUCGUUUCGGUUGUCUUUCAAAUAGAAGAAAAAAUGUAGAAUAUUAUAAUCAUCUAAAUUAUUUCAAUCCUAUAGUACAUAAAAUGUAUUUAUUUAUCAUUCCCCUUGCGUCACUAUCAAGUGCUAAAAUCCUUUAGCCAGUUUUAUGGAAGAUACUCCGGAGAUUUCUAAGGCAUUUUUAUUGCACAAAAACAGAGUAAGGAUGUGGGAAUGGUCUUAUCAUAUUUUGUGAUAAUGCUGUGUGAAAAAUAGAGAAUAUCGAUAAGCCAGCUGCAUCUAACGACUGAGAUUAUUAGCUUUCGUUUAGGAGCUAUCAAGCUGUCUGCACCAUUAUGUCUUUAUCUAGUUAGCAUCAUCGUAUAUCUGAUUCAUUAAUCUAUUAAUUUUUACUGCGCCAUGUCAGCUUGUCCAAACCCACUCGCACAGAUGGCGUAACGCAUUAGCCAUAUAACCCCAUUAUUCCACAAACUGUGAUUUAUUAUGAACUACAAAAAAUGGCGUCAUACAUCAUUCUAAUUGUUGCCUAACUGCUAGUGAAAGCAGUAUUUCCCAUAAGUUCAAUCGAGUACGAUGUAUGAGAUGUCAUUGUUUUCACUGAUAUGAACAUUAGUUCAGGACCCCGCAGUCAUGGAAGGCUUUUUUACUUACCAUAAUCAAUAUAGAUUAUGAACUUUUAUAUUCUAGGAGUUCAUUUUGGAUCACAAAAAUGAUUGGGACACAAGACACAUUUGUCGUUGAUUAUAUCCCUGACGUCAUGUUAGACAUAAUUAUUUAUGUUAUAGUUGGGUUCGUAUUAUCUUAUUAUGAAAGUUCCUUGUAUUAUUUUCUAAUUAGUGUAAUUGAAAAGCAAGACUACCCGUAAAUUGUAUUUUCUUUACAAAUUUAGCAGCGUGAAUUUGUGAGAACCCUAAAUCAUUGUAGAAAAAAGUUCUUUGAAGUUGCAUAUUACUUAAGUUUGUAUAUUUCUGAUUUAUAAACAGGAUUGUAAUUUUAAGGUCAAAAGCAAAGAAUCACGAAAUAAAAAAGUUCUCUAGACCUAUUUUACCCAUUGAUCCAUUAAAUUAAGUUUAAUUACAGUACUAUUAUGUAUAAAGACAAGACAAUCGCAUUAUUAUAUACACUACGAUGCCGGUUAUAUACCUAGGACCUAAAACAUGACGGACAUGUCAAAAUUAUUUUGAUAUUUGUAGGUCAAGCUUUGACAAAAUACCUUUACAAAAUAUUUUUUCAACGUAAUAACAAGUGUUUUCCCCCUCUUUAUAUAUUUAGAAUACUCCUUAGAGGGAUUUUUUAUAACGAUUCAGAACUAAUCUAGGUGCAAACAAAUCAGUUUCUAUCAAGUAUGCCAGGCUGAUAAUCCUAAUCCUGUCAAAUUAUUUCAAGGUUGGGAGUACAAAAUACUUCCAAAAAGCAUAACACUUUUUUGCGGUCCAUUUUUUGUGACACCUUAAAACAAGGCUUAUUUUUGUGUAGUUCCAUUAAAGUUACUAUUAGUAAUGUGAUUUAAUUCUUCUUUUUUUUUUUGUCGUAUUCAUUUAAACUGUUUCAGACAGCUUCAGAAAGAUAGGUAAAAUAACAAAAGAUGAAAUUCUUUUAAAGAUACGAGAUGAAAAUCGAAUCUGUAUGAAUUCAUAUAAUUAUAAUGAGCGUAUUUCACUGUGGACCUAUUCAAAUAUUUUGAUGUUAAUUGCACGAAUAUGUUAAUUGCACGAAUAUGUUAAUUACCUUCUCAAGAUAGAAUGUGUGAAUUUUCCCCUUCAUCAUUCUAUUUCUGGUCAUGCCUGUUACAUUUGACCAAUGACUUAAAGCUGCGGCGAUUUCGAGAGGCCCAGGUAUCACAAUUCAUCUACAUUGCAAAUUUCACGCUUCUUGAGGCAUUUGACUACAAUGUAUUUAAUAUUAGGUACACUGGUAAAAAUUUUGAAAUCAUUUUCAGAAUAUUAAAAAUGGUGUUCCAGUUCGUGAUGUUUUUUGUCCUUCGAUCGUGAUGGUCAAACAGAGGGUUCAGUAUUAAGACAUUACUUCUGUCGAUGUUUGAUAUUUAAAAAGGGAAUGCAGAUAUGUGUGUGGGGGCACGUUAUUACGAAUGCGUUAUUCUGAAUGGUCCUUCAAUACCAAGGUAGUUAAGCUAAUUCUAAAUGUAAAUUUUGUGUCAUCCCAAAUUACAUGUGUUACAUGUAUAUCUCAAAACAUUUUUUCAUUUCCAAAAACGGCAGAGAAGUACCUAUAACUGCCUGAUAUACCGUUUUGAAGGAAACUAUAACAUGAAUAUGAAAUAUGAUGUAUCUUGUGAAUUAUAUUGGAACAGUCGCUAUAGGAUCGUCUGAAAUUAUAGAAAAAUUACAUUCGAUUGUGAAGCUUACAGAGAUUACAACGUCAUGAAAUCAAAAUGAAAUCCUAUACAUUAUAAUACUAAGUAUAGAUGCUGGAUUUCUAUGAUCUUUUUGGUAUUAUCUGAAAAGUUCUACAUACAAAUCCUUCCAGUUAACAAUUGUACUUGUUUAAACUAUGACAUUUAGGAGAAUUUGUUUUUCUCUGAUGCCGAUAUAUGACAAUGACAUAUAUGACAUAAAACUAGUACCCACUCAUAGUGCUAGAGUGAGUGAAUUUAAAUCUAAGAAAGAGGUUCAAAUAUCGAGUUAGAAUGUAAAUCUAAAAUACAAGGUAGCAGGCAAUGUGGGUCAGAUACUAGUAAGGAUUUCCCUUCUGUGACGUAUCCAGAAAUUAGUAAAAUGAGGGUCGGAAUUUCUCCCCUAGUGACGUGGACAGAAUAUUGAAUUUUUUUCCCUGAGAGGCGGUGUAUACCAGCCCCAUCAUAUGGUGUAAGGGCCACUUGGUUGGGAUUCUAUUUAUGCUCAAAACUUAAGAUUAGGGAGAUAGUUUAGUAUAUCUAAAAAGUUGUUAACCUUCUUUAGCACAUUUAGAUCCCAUCAAAUUUCUUAUCAUAAUUCUAUCAUUUGCAAGAAAUUAUUCUGCAUGAGAAGCGGUUAAAUUGUGUCAUGUUGCUAUCUAAACAACUAUUUCCAACUGUUGCCUCCUCCCCCACCCACCUCCUCUGGAAUAUAUGAAUUUACCCCCUUCAUAGCAAGAAUCAUCAUCAUGGAUUAUAUUUCCCUAAGCGAUGAAGAUUAGCCAAAGUUGAUCUUUUUGCAAUACUUGUGUUGUGCAUAAUGUACAAGUGUAUUGACUUCAAGCCAACAUAACUCUCUUAAUUGAUUAGUUGAUUUAAUUGAUUUAAUUAAAUGUUCAUACCUGCAAUUCCGACAGAGUCAGACUGAAAAUGGAACCAAUCUCCUACAAGAUGAAUUAUCAAUUAGUUAAUUUCACCUGAUAGAUUCGAAAUUGACAAAUUGGGUAUAACGAAAUGCAUAUGUAUUUAUGUUCCUUUGCGUUUGUUCGCACAUCUUCGUCAUUUCUAUCCUUCUUUUCACUUUACCUCCCUUUCAAACAAUUAAGAAAGCAUAACAAAUUUCAUUAGUCUUGUAUGAAAAAAAAAGACCCUCAUCACAAACACAGGCAAAUAUUUGAAUGAAUAGUUUUCUGGUAGCUACAUAGGGGUAGUAUAUUUAAGAUGAUAGAACAUUCUACUCCAAUCUUAUGUUUCGGAUGCUUGAUUGUAUUCCUAUCAAAUCUAUGAAUAACUUAAUACCGUAAUCCAGGCUGUUCUUGAUUUCAUGUAUAAAUUCCCCCCAAUUCUAUUUUGUAUAGUCUAUUUUGAUAAGCAUCCUUAAAAACCACUGAAUUCGUGAUAUCCUGUUCUAAUCUCUUCUUAUUAUUUCUGUUGACUGAGUUCAAAACUAAUAAUUGUCUUUUAUCCCCAAUCACAAGAAAGAAAUUGAUGAGGUAUUCUGUUUAUUGCAAAGUUUGUUAUGUAUAUACAAAUUGUUCUCAAGGAAAAAAAAUGAUCUGCCUGAAUGUUAUUGCCAUAAUUUCCUCCACGGACUGUUCAGGUAAGGGUGUUAUUGUGUCAAUUGGAGUAAAAAAAAAACUAUUUUCACUGUCUCCUGAAGAAGUAAAGAUAACUGAAUAAAUUUGAAGACAGGAUUUGAGUCAUAAAUACUUAACCGAAGUACUAUUUUACUUGUGUAUAUACAUGUACGAAAUGUACUGUAGAGAUAUUAUGAUUACGUAACACAUCGAAGCCAUCUUUGUUUUAAUAAAGAAAUCAUAGAAACUGUUGAGUCAUCGUCUUAUUGUUACUAUCUGUCCAUGCACUGUAACUUUUAUUCAGUAUAGCUAGACGCUUUUGUGCUUCGUAGAAUCAGAUACCAGUCGUUAUUCUCCUUAAAGUGCCUUACACGUUCAGUGCUAAAUUAUAGAGAAUCAAAAAAUAAAAGAAUAUUGCUGUGCAUACUACGAAACAAAAGAGAAAACGAAAAUCCUUACACGCUCCACCACUAGAUCUCACUAAUAUAUUUUGUUGGGAGAAUAUUUUGAGUUUAUGGUGUCUCAGUCACAGUCUUUAUUUUGAAUUUUAGGGGGACUAGUUAUAAAUAUAUAUAUCUAUAUUAUAUACAUGUGUGGUGUAAUAUAACGUGCAAAGGAAAUGUACAUUUUAUCUCCAGUUUGUGUAUUCUGCUAAAGGAUGUAAGCUAUAGUUGGCUAACCUAGUGUGUUGUAGAGAAUCUUAUAGAGCCAUGUUCGUCGUUGAUACUUAUUUUCUCUCUAUCUCUUCUUCUUUCACCUGGAUGUAAAUCAUUGGCUUCGAUUCUAAUUAAAUGAUCAGUUUAUCUGUAAUUGCAA